CAAAAUGUUAUUGACUCAAACACUUGGAGAAUAUUUGGUACAUUUUAUCACGUAAUUCGGAUUGAGAUUGAGUAGGCAUUUAGGCAACGGAAAACAGCCCUUAUGACUCUUUCACUUGGAUAUUUUAAAAUAAAUUGAUCAAUAAAAAGAAAAGAAAUGUGACUUUUACUCCAACGAUGGGCUAUUAACUCUAUGAAUAAUAAAUAAUCAGAAUAGAUUAAAGAUUAAUUCAAUGUUAUAAAGCUACCUGAGUUAGCGUGAACUUAUAGGAUACUUUCCAAUAACCACUGAGGGAGAACUGAAACAAAGAGAUUGCUGAUACACGGUUAGAAUAUUUACGGAGGAGUUAAUUGGAAGCUCCAGCAAACAGAGAAUACAAAUGACACAAAUAUGUUGUUAAUGUCGUCAGUUCCUUUGGCCUGAUGGCCAAACGCCAGGUGAUACGUUAAAUUAAUACAUUUAGGGGACGUUUAUAUCAUGAUGCAAAUUCAGUGAGCCUGUAACAUUAUUAAUAGUGUUAUAGUCGGUAAAACAUAUUUUCAAAACAGAGGUUCAGAUUUGAAUUCGCCGGCUGUUUGAAAACUGAUAACUCAAACGUCAGAAAGGAAACUGGAGUUUAAUGUUACUAUAUGCAACCUAGUGGUUACUUUAACCUAAGUCUCAACAUCUCAACCUCUGGGGGAAACAACAUUCUUUAUAAGACAAAAUCUUAUAUUCGGAAUAGUCCUGAAGUCUAAAUAUAGAAUCGGAACUGAAUUUCGAGAAAAUACAUUUUCUAGAUAAGGUUAUAUCACAAGUGAGGGACUUGUUUUGAGAAAUACUAUACAGUCAGGUGAUAAAGCACAAAUGCUGCAUACAGAUGAUAAUUGCGAUGCAGAGUAACUGAAGUUUACAGCAUAUGUAUGAAUAAAACAAAAGGAUUGAAACAAUACAUCAAUAUAUGUUAGACUAUACUACAUCACUUCAGUUGAGUGUUAGUAGGUAUUAAGUAUCCAUUUGAGAUCAUUCUUCAAUGGUGAACCAUAGGACUAAUGAUUUCAAUUAAAAAGCUGGUGCCAAUCUUUUUCUAUAUAGGACUACAACCACAGGGUGUAAUGCCAUAUAGAGGGAAGAUCAUGAGCAAUUUUGGCAUGCAUAAAACACAGCCGGAUAAUAUAUUUGUCUGUUUUUAAUUUUUUAUAGACUUUCUAACUUCAUUCUGUCACAACUAUUCGGAUAUAUAAAACUUAUGGGAAUCAAAUCCUGUUGAAUUUUUACUGAGAUCAUAAGUUUUGACAGUGUUUUUCCAUAAGGAUUUUUAAGAGUUAUAUGCAUGGUGAUAUGACUAUCUGGAAACAUUUACAAAUACUACCUCAGCUCCAAUAUACAAUCUAAUUACUGGAUGAGACACAUAGACCUAUUGGCUACUGUUUUCAAUAAUUGGAGUACUCCCAGAGGAUUGAUAAACUAGAAAAAGCAUUUUGGCAAAUUGUGUGUACUUAAGACUAGAGUAACAUUUGACUGAGAAUGACAUGGCAUGCUGGGAAUGAAUGAUUAAAACCUGCAUGAUGGGGAUGAUAUAUUGACUUAUUGGUGAUUGAAUAUUGGUAAGAAAUAAGUCAUUUCAUUUCUACCGAUUUGUAUAAUUAUGCCAUCAUCUACCAUGGGGUUACAGCCAGCCAGUGGGAGUAGCAUUAUUCAGCGGGUGCGUCGGCAGAUCUCCAACGAGAAGAGUCUUUGGGGUGGCCUCGGUACUACUAUCAUAAAGGAAUCUGACAUCAUGCCCAGACGAAAUACGGGACAUUACAAUGACUUUGGAUUUAAAGGUGGUGUGGCACGUAGCGCAUCAUUCGAUGGCACAUAUGAAUCACCAUAUGCGAAUCCACAACAUGCCUUGAAAAUAUCCGGGUUUACAAAACGUGAAAAAAGAAGGCAAUCUGGGAUACCUAAAUUAUCAGCUACUCCAGGAUAUGAUAGAACGCACUCUGCUCACGAGCGGCGACCUUCGUGGUCAGAAGAUGGCAGUAGCGAUACAAGUAGCUUACCUGGCACGGAAUCAUCUGACUUUGACCCUGCCGCUGGAUUACACAAUGGCGUUGUUAAUGGGAUGUAUACUUCAACGCCAAAACGUAAUGGUGAUGAUGACACUGACUGUGAAAGUCUUCCAGAAAGUGUCGCCUCUGCCCCAAUAAUGGGCAACGGCUGUCUUGAAGACAUACAGGAAUAUGGUGAAAUCGAUAAAGAGCUGGAGAAAGUUUAUCAGAAUAUGCAUCGUCAGUACCAGAAGUUCUUCCAGAUAUCACGUUUAAAAUCUAAACCAGGCGUGCAUUGUAAAUGCUCCGGUUCCAAACAUUCAACAAACUGUAAUAUUUCCUUUUCAUUGAACUCUAGUCUAGAAAACGGUGCCUUAUCAGAAUCAGAAAAUCUCCCAUGUAACUGUCGGUAUGACAACCUAGAAACUGAACACCAUAGCAACCAAAAUGGUGGCCAUAGUAACAGAUGUAGUAGCCAUAAAUGUAGAUUAGAGAACUCAGAAUGUUCCAACUAUGAGCAUAGCUCAGCUAGUCAUGAGGAUGAAGAGGAUUACAACAAAAACAACUUCAUCUCUAGAAUACCCACUUCCACUCCUACAUCACAUGAACAAGGUGGGUUGCUUUUACUUCCAGUUUCUUUUUAUUCAUUUUGUGUGUCAUCUAAUGUAAAAGAAGCAGGGAUACAAUGACUUUAGAAAAUAG